AUGAGAGAGAUGAGAGGCCAUCAUCGCGCAUUUUACGAUUUUCUCGAAAGACAGAACGCAACGAGACGGCAAUGUUGGGAGCAGUGGUUGCUAACUAGAGACUACGAGCAGCCAAUGCCUGCAUUUCCCCCGGCCCUGACGAGAGACGAGAUGUUUAUCGCUUAUCAGCAGCAUUACAUGUCACGAAUGCCUUUUCGACCUCGAGGAAAUACCCUGCCAUCUUCUCUGAACCUUCCAACAACAUUCAGAACACGAAACGCGGCGAGCUUUUCUGAAACAAGAGAAAAUCAAUCAUACAUUAAUACACCCAGAAACUCCGCUUCGCCGAGUUCAGGAGUGAGUGGGAGCAAAAGUUUUCUUCCUUCAAUUUCGGAGGAACAAAAAGAAAACCGAUACGUUGUUCUGACGGAGCCUGACUUUGCCAGAGAGGCAACUCUUGCUGCUUUUCUUCCCGAUAAGAAAGAAGAUGCACUUUAUAAUCAUGAUGAAAAUGAAGAGAUCAUUACUUUAACAGAAGUUAUCGAAGAUAAUCAUACUGAAAGUCAGCAACAUUUCGCUGGAAAUCUUCUAGAUCAAGUCAACAACACCAAUGUUGACAAUAAUUAUCAAACACCUGAAAGAGAGACUAUGAAGGAGCAUGAAAACGAACUAAUGAAGGCAGUUCAGGGCCCAAAGACCAGACGAUCCUCCACCAGACUUCAAAGUCUUCAGCAAAUGCGCAAUAGAUUGUCCGUCGAAUCGAUAAACUCGAUUCAAAUGCAACAAGCGACGAAUAUGGCUGAAGAAACGCUUCCGUUGAAUCGAGAUAUCUUCGGUGGUUGUUCUAACAGAUCUCUCAUGCCCAGGCGAAAACGACGAACUACUAGUAUUGCGGUAAAUCACGAUAAUCCCAUCAUCAUCGAAGACGACAAUGAGCAGAAUGGCACUUCCGAUGCUUUUGAAAUCGUUGAUCAACUGAAGGAUGCCAAGCAAGAUGUAAGCACUCAAGAAAAAACUGAACCAAAAGAAGAUUCUCAGUCUACCACUCCGACAACGACGAAGAAAGCAACAGAGCCAGUAUCUAGAACUCCGAUGCCAUCAUCUUCCACUAAUACUCAGAAAAUCGUUGAAGCCAGCAAUCCGCCGACUCGAACAAGCGUCGAGGUUUCAACUAUGACUUCAGGACCCCGGUCUUAUUCUAGCAUUGGAAUGGCUCCUCUUUCUCCUGUUGGAUCUCUCCCAAUGCCCGAGUUUCAGGUCACUCGAGCCGUCACUACUGUUGCCAGGACGCCAUCCAGAACAAGGGUGACUUCUCUUAGCUCCUAUCGCAGUCAUGCAUCCCUUCAAUCUUCCAAUCCCCCAUCGUUGCCUAUUUCGUCAUUGAACACAUACAUGAGUCCUUUGCCUGCGAUGGCCAAUCAAGCUCCUUUCAUUCCUUCAAGAGCUUUCCCUGGUAUAAUUGAUAGCGAACCAGCUUUGCCUGAUGAGAUUUUCGAUAUCCUGGAAGAUCUUCGAGUCAAUCCUCCAUCGUUUGAUCAUAUUUACACGGAUGAUUUAGAUGUGAGUACCCUUGAAAAGUUGGAAGCUGCGCUGGAUAAAGACGACUUGCUCUUCUCCAAAAAAUCUGAGCCUCGGGCUGAGGCUUCUGCAGCUCCGUCGAAGGAGAUGCCCACAGUUCUCCUGCAACAAACAAUGAAACGAUCUGUAGAUCCGGCGAAAAUCAGCUGCCCACCCGAUGUCACAAAUGUUGGGAAGGGCCCUGUUAUAAACUUAACAUCAGACAAACCACUUCUUUUUCCCGUUGGACUCCGCAUGCCCAAAGAAUCGGAAGUUCGUCUUCCUCGACAAUCAGCAGCGGAACCUUUAAAAGUGAUUGAAGUAACGCCGGUGCGAGUGAAGACUAGUCCUCAAAAUGAGACAAGUCCAAUUGAAAAACUGAAAAAUCUUGUGCAGGGCUUCGUGCCAGGGGUGGAUAUUGAGCCUCUCGAUCAAAGCUUAACUGUCGCUAAAGCUCAAAUAUCGACAAAAAUAACUUCUAAGAUCAACAAAGUUGUUCAAGUGAAAGAAAACGGCGAUCAUGUCGUUUUGGAAGAAAUAAUGCCCUCUAACGUACGCACUCUAACUGUUGAGGCUCCUGCUGUGACAGAGGUAUCGGGAACUACUGAUCAUGAAGGAAAAGUUAAAGAAGAAGAGGGACAAGAGGCAAAAGUGAAAAAAGAAGAAAUAAAACCAAUGGAGGAAAAAGCAAAGGUGAAAAACGAAGUUGAAGACAACCAGGAAACCGAUAUUAAAGAAGGUGUACGAUUCUAUUCGCCGCCAGCAUUCCGUACUCGAGCCCAGUCAUUCUCCCGAAGAUCUCUUCAAGUUGAAGAUAAAAGAUCUUUCCGUCGAUUCAAGAGAGAAGUUAAGAAGAAUAAGGAGAAAGAAUCAACUCUUCAAAUUUUGAAGAAAGAAACGGAAAAUGAAUCGUCUGAAAAAAUCGAAAAAUCUACGAAAAAUGACGGUUCUGUAGGUUGUUUACAAGAAAGUUCCUCGCAGGAAAUUGAUAAUUCUAUCUCGAAAGAGAAAGAAUUCGUGAAAGACCAAGAUGUUUCGACUGAUAAGGAUGGAAAGAAAUCUUAUUCUAAGAAAGCUGCUGUGACAUUGUUUCAACCGAAAGAAAAGAAAACAGUAAAGAAAGAAGCAAAGUCAUCAGAAAAUGGAAGACCAACUCAAGCUGAUCGGACGAAAGAAAUUUCAGUGGCCAUAACACCGUCGGAAAGGCAACCUAAAAUUUCCGAUUUCCUGAAGAAAACUAAAAGAGAAAGCCCAACGAUUGAUGAAGAAUCGCAUCAAAACCGCGAUGGGCAAGGCAGAUUUCUUAGCUUUGCUGCCAUGGGAUUCAAACCCAUCGAGAAAAAUCUUCCAUCGAAGAAAGAUGCUGUCAUAGCAUCGCUCCCCGAAAAACCUCAAAAGAAACUCACAACUGUGUCAGAGAAGAAAGUGUCUUCUACUUUAAAACUGGAGGCUCCAAAAGAAGAAAAAGUCGAGGAAUCGAUGCCUCGAAGGUCCGACAGAAUCAAAGACAUCAAUGCUCCGCAAAAAAAGAAGACGAAGGUUAUCAAGAUAGAGAACGUCGAUGAGGAAGUCGAAAAACUCAAACGAAAGAUGAAGAAAAGGACUCCAGAAAAACUGGAAAAGAUCAAGACGAGGAAUACGAAGGAACAAGCCGAAACGAUAAGACUUAUAAAAUCUCCUCGGCAGAAACGAAAGAAGCUCGAAGAUAUCGAAGUCAAGUCGCUGUCUCCUGCCUCAUCGGAAGACGAAAAAGAGAUCCCAGAGGAGUCGCCAAAGGCGAAGGUUCCAGUGGCUCCUGAGCCAAGAAAGCUAAGAAGAACGAAGGAUAGAGUCAAGUAUAGACAAGCCCAGAAGGCUCGCGAGCGCAAAGAAGCGGAGAAAGCAAAGCGCAAAAAGCAAGUAGAAGAUAAGCAAUGGAACAUACAGUGCAGUGUCUGUCGACAAAAAUACACUACAAUAAGUGGCUUCAAAAAUCAUCAGCACUGGUCACCAGAAUGUCGAUAG